AUGUGGGGUGUUAUUGGAAAGGUUUUAGUCGGUCAGUUUGUUCACAAACAUUGUCGAAGAGAUUUUGGCCGUAAGUCCAGUAAAGAGUCAUAUCCAGAGGAUCUCACAGCUUCCAAUCAAAUCACCUCAGAUGUUUCAUUGGACGAAAUAUGCUUCUUUUGCGGCUGCCCGGCGAAGUAUAUUGAAAAUGGAAAGCGACGGCUCGAUGUAGAGAUCGCAAAAACAUCAAAAUUUAUUGAAAACCUUCCUGCAAAUAUUGCGAAACGCAGCGACGAAUGGUCCCAAAAAGUUGCAAAUCGAAUUGAAGGCAAAGAUCUGCUGAAUGCAACUUAUCACAAAAACUGCAACAUUCAUUUCCAAACUCUCAAAAGCAUUCCUUUGUGUCAUGGGGUUAGUGUUGCCAAACAAGUUGGUCGUCCACAAAAUCAAUCGAAGCUCGAGGCUCUUUCUAAAGUGGUAAAACUGAUGGAAAGUGCUGAGGACGAGAUCUUUUCAAUAAAAGAUCUCGUUGAACUAAUGCAACAAGAAUGUGAUGAAAUCAUCGAGAAUCGGUAUUUGAAGAAAAAGCUUCUGGAAUAUUUCGGAGAAAGGGUUCUGGUGAUAACAAACGAUGGCAAACCCGACCUGCUAGUUUUAAGCCAGUCAGUGAAACCCUUGAUCAACAAACUGUAUGAACAACAGUUGUCAAGACAAGGUCAGUCCGAACGAGAUGUUUACGUUUCAAAAGCAGCUGAUAUUAUCAAGUCAGAGGUGUUGGUUGCAUCUGCGAACAAGGAAUGUUACCCAUCUUCAGAAACGUUAUCAGAUGUGGCGAAACAGAACCAAUUUCUACCCAAUUCGCUUCGUCGUUUCCUCAGUGAAAUUUUUGUUGAGGCUAACUGUGAAUUAAAGAUUGCUUCAAUUGGACAAGCCAUCAUGCAAGCGAUGAGACCACGAACAAUCAUUGCGCCUUUACAAAUUGGUCUGGGUGUCCAACUACAUCACGCAUUUAAAUCAAAGUUUCUGAUCGAAACUCUUCAUAAAAUGGGAUUUUCAUCCUCGUAUUCGGAGGUGCUAAGAUUCAGAUAUUGCGCCGCUUCGACUGUCGAAGAAAUUCAUCCCAAUCCUAAUCAAAUGGUCAAGUUUGUGGCUGACAACAUCGAUCAUGACACACGAACGAUCGAUGGCAAAGGUACGUUCCAUGGCAUGGGAAUUAUCGCUGCGUUCACGCCAGGACAAAGUAGCAAAGUCGUCGUUAGAAGCAAAGCAACGAUUGAAGACGUAAAAGCUGUUGGACAGAUCGAAGUUUUACCAUACUCAAACAAACCUGUUGGGCAUGGUAUGUGCUAUGAGGAUGUACCAGAGCUCAAGUACGAAGACGAUUUUCUUCCUACAACAUUACUGUUAAACACAACAUGGUUGCUUCGAACAACACGUCCAUCGUGGUCUGGAAUAAUGCAGCUAAUUAGUCAUGGAUCACAUCCGGGCAACUCAUCCAUCAAAGUUUUACCAAUGAUCGACCUUGCUGCAUCAGAUCCGACAUGCAUUUUCUCUGCUCUCCACUUUCUAUGUAAAGAAGCUGAAAAGUAUGGCGUGACACCUAUAAUAACAUUUGAUCAGCCCUUAUGGUGGAAAGCAUCGUUGAUAAUCCAAGAUGAGCCUGUUUCUAGUCGAUUAAAAAAAAUCGUCCUGCUUUUGGGAGGAUUCCAUAUGCAAAUGAGUUUCCUUGGUUCGAUUGGCUAUUUGAUGACUGGGACUGGUUUGCAGGAGUGUUUGGAAACUGUUUACGCGCCUAAUAGUGUCAUACAUAUGCUAUCUGGGAAAGCAAUUCAACGUGCAGUUCGUGGCCAUUUUCUAGUUAGCACCGCGGUAAAUGCAUUGAUUACAAAGAAAGCUGAAUCCAUCCUACCGAAAAUUGACUGGAACACACUCUUUGCUGAAUCUGCUGAUCUAUAUGACCAACUGAUAUCGCUACAACUUGAUUCGGAUGAGUUGUGUUCGAACAAACUUCUCAAAUCACUCACACAACAUUUCACUGAAAUCAAAAAUAAACUUCUGGAUCAUCGUACAGCAAAACUCUGGAUCCAAUACAUUGAAAUGGUGGAUUUGCUCCGAGAUUUUAUAAGGAGUGAACGAACAGGAAAUUGGAAACUACACCUGGCCACAGUCCAAAAGAAGAUUCCUUACUUCAUAGCUGCUGGUCAUAACAAUUAUGCAAAGAGUUCCCAGAUUUACUUGAAACGCAUGCAACAGUUGGAGCAUAGUCAUCCAGAUGUUUACAAACAUUUCAUGAGUGGCCAUCAUGUCGUCCGACGAUCCGAUCGAUUUUGGGCUGGACUUUCCUGCGAUCUCACAAUUGAACAGACAUUGAUGCGAGCAGCUAAAUCGCGAGGAGGAUUUACUCGAGGGGGUGGAUGUUCAGAAGUUCAGCGAAUGGUUUGGAUCCAGUCUAUGCCAGCAUGUACGGAAGUGAACAUCGCAAUGCAGAAAAUCACACAUCUACACUACGAAACCAGUGAACAACAUAAGGAUUGUUCCGAGUCAAUGCAAGCUAGAAACGAAAAAGACACAAAAGUGAUUUUCGAGUUUCUGGAGGAUCGAGAUCCGUUUUCACUGGAUGACGUUAAGCUGCGAAGCAUACAUACUGGCGAGGAGGCGCCAGGAAACGUCAAUGUCGAUGAUGCCUCGAAAAUUGGUUCCAGCGUCUUAUCGAAAAUGAUUGGACAGGAUGUAUCAACCUACAGUUUUGAAAAUGCGAACAAGGCUGUGACUAUGGGUUCAAGUAGUGCCAUAUUGAUCGAUGGAAAAGUUACCCACAUCGACCCACAACUACUUUUCCAAAGGCUUAUGCUGAUGGCAAGAAAUUUCAAUGAUGAGAAACUCAAAGAUGUGUUCAAAUAUGAGUUAUCUCAAAGUCCGUCCUCCUUGUUCGAUGAUGCUGGUCUUAUGAGAGAAGCAAAAACGAAUGAAUUCGUGAAACAGUGCAUAGCUGGAGACGCACUGAUGUACAAUGCACGAGUCUUGGCAGAUUUGGAAAGUAACAGUCAGCAUGUUCUCUGCGGAAAUUUGUUUCUGAAUCGGGUGGUUUGGAAAAAAAAUCAAACUUUUCGCGACAUUUGUUUGAUGUAUGUUGACUACGCGAAGCAGUUCAGCAAUCCUGUUAUUGUCUUCGACUGUGUUCCAGACCGAACCACGAUGGACGAGUAUCAUUUUCGACGGAGCAAAGGGAUCCGAGGAGUCAAUAUUAAAUUCUCAGGCCAUACAGUCUUCAAUUCGAAGAAAGAACAUUUCAUGGCAAAUAAAUCGAAUCGAGACUGUUUCAUGACUAUGCUGUCGAAGGUGUUGAUCGAGAAUGGAUGUACUGUGAUGCGAGCUGAACGAGAUCAAAAUAUGACGAUCGCUAGAACAGCAACUGAAAUGGCACUAACAUCUCCAAUCGUGGUGACUGCGAAUGAUAUGGAAAUCAUAAUCAUGUUGUGCUACCGCUUCCAGAUCGAUGGCUAUGACAUAAUUUACAGUAACGAAGAGUGUUCAAAAAAACCACCAGUCCGUUACAGCAUCCGAAGCAUUCGAGAAAAGCACGACCAACAAGCCAUCAGUUCUAUCUACUUCCUGCACGCGAUUGGUGGGUGUAAAACCACGUCUCACUUACAUUCUAUUGGAAAAGCGCAACCAUUGAAGAAAUUUGAGAAGAGUACCGAUUUUCGUUCAAUCGCUGGCACAUUCCUAAGUCAAUCAUCAACGAUGACAGAAGUUGUGGAUGCUGGUUUUAGAGCCAUCACUAUACUUUACGAUGGCAACGUUGGUGAGAGUCUCAAUGAACUGCGCUUUAAGCAGUUUUCAAAAAAGGUCUCCACGAAAAAAUCAGCAGUUCUGGUGAAUUCCCUUCCUCCGACAUCAGGUGCUGCGAAAUACCAUGCUUUGAGAGUGUAUUUCCAAAUUCAAGAAUGGUUGGGGAGUCAGAGCCUGGAUCCAGCAAAAUUUGGUUGGAAGGUCACAUCUAAGGAUUGUUCCAGACUCACACCUAUAACAUCAGAUAUGGAGCCCGCACCACCUGAACUGUUAUCAAAAAUUCGUUGCCAGUGCAAAGGUGAUUGCAGCACCUUAAAAUGCGGCUGCAAAAAGAACCAAGUGAAGUGUUCUUCAGCGUGUGCAGUCUGUUGUGGCACAGACUGUCUAAAUAUUGAUUCAUUGGAUGAAACCGAAGAUGAAACGUCGGCACAUAGUGACUAA